GCCGUAUAGCCAGCCCAGCCGUAUAGCCAGCCCAGCAGUAUAGCCAGCUCAGCCCUACAGCCAGCCAAGCCGACAUCUGCACCGCUUUGUUCUCCCCUCCCGUUCUGCCCACUUGCCUCUGUCGCCUCCCAGUCCAUCUCUGCUUCUCAAGCUCCCCUGACACCAUGCCCGCCACUGACUCAAACGACCCUCCGUCUGGCAAGCCUUCCUGGUUCAAGAAUUCGCUUUCGCGGCCCUUCUCCAAGCUCCUGCCCUUGACCCGGAAGACGGACGAGUCAUCGAGGUCCAUUCCAUCGUCGCCCAACUCUGAAUCUCGGAUUGCCUCGUUCUUUCAGCGUGCGGCCUCACCCUCGCCGCCCAUCGACAGCUCUGCGCUCUCGCCUCGCCUCGAUGCUUCCAACUAUGUUCCAAGUACCAGUGCCCCGCCUUCUCCCUCGACGGCCUUCUCGUCCCCCAGUGCGACCUCGGCCGGGCCUGAGUCGGGGCAGAACCACGCCGUUGCCCUGCAAAAGCUCAGCGCCCUGACUCCUGCCCAGCUCACCGUUCUCGAAAACCAAGUUGCAGCCGAGCUCCAGCGCCGCACCAAGCUCGUUGGAUUUGGGUCCAUGUCCAGAUCCAUCGUCUCGACCGAGGCCAUUGUCACCCAGAAACUCCAUGCCUUGCCCGAUGAGCACCUCUUUCGGCUGCAGCUCGACAUCAACGCCGAGAUCCGGCGGCGCCAAGACUCGUCCAACAGCAGCUCUCGGAUCGAGCACGGCCUUCAUGAGAAACCAUCGCAAGGCUCGAUGACGCACUUGGGAAUCAGCCGUUUCGAUACCGCUGAUCGUCUGCCAAUCUCACCCUACAUGGCACCGGCCAGCCCGCCCAUGAGCCCAAAGUCUCACUCUGGGUCGCCGCUGAUGCCGACAUCGCGCACCCCCAACUGGCCGACCUCCCUGCCUCAAGCCCGAGCCCUGAGCCCCAUCAACCUCCCCUUCCCUGAUACCAACUCGUCUCUUGCGACCUCGGUUCCAAGGGAUUCGGAUCCUGGGUUUGCGCGCACGCCCUCGAGCCGAUCGAACAUGACCACCAUCGUCAACAUCGACCCGGAGCUGUCCUCCAAACUGAGCUACGGCCCCGAGCGGGAGUGGCGCGACAAGAUCUCGUCCCUCAGCCACGACCAGCUGCGGGCACUCAGCAGCGACUUGCGAGAGGAGGCAGUGCGCCGAUCCAGCACCCGACAGAGUCCAGGCAUCUCCAUGGACCGCCAAAAAUCCUCGGCUUCCUCGCGCGCCAUCGACGGUCACCUCCUUGGCCGACUGCAUAGGCUGACCGAUGAGCAGCUCUCUACCAUUUCGCUGGAUGUUAUGGCUGAAGAACGGAGACGAUCUGCCCAAGUUCCCACAUCGUACACCUCAUCGACGGCUCCGAAUACGGAUACACAGCCGACGCACCCGGGCUCAGAGUCUCCCUUGGCAAAUCCUGCCCCUUCUCCCCUUCCGUAUGCUCUGCACUCGCUCCGCCAGGCAAGCCAAGAGGGUGUUGACAUCGCCAACGGCGGCCGCCCCGCCUCGCCGCUCCCGCUGGACGGUUCCCGGUCCCCAGGCCAUGUCCCCCCAACGCGCCAGCUGCUCCAGCAGAUCCAGGCUAUCCAGCAUCAACAGCAUCUCCUCCAGCAGCAGCUCCAGCAGCAACAGCAGGCCCUGACCGAUUCGAUCUCAGCCGAUCCUAUCGAUCGCCUUCAGAGCGCAUCGCCCCUCUAUCGCAACAUCUCGACCGCCUCGUCUCUGCCAGCCUCAAGUCCACUCCAGCCGGCACUACGGUCCCCGAGCAUGGCAAGCUCACAGCCCUCGUCGACCUCGGCAGCUGCAGCUUCGUCGGCAGCUCGACCGGCCAAUAGCUCCCGCGUAAACGCCCGUGCUCGUGUCGGGCGGCUAAACGAUACCCAACUUCGAGACUUUGGCGGCGAUGUCUAUGACGAUGUUAAGCGACGUGCCCAGCCAGAUGCACCUGCGUUCUUGGAGCCGCGCGAUGGAUACUCGACCAAGCGUAACAUGUCGCGGAAGGAACUUGCUCGGCUACCCAACAACCGCCUGCAGGAUCUGUGGAACGAUAUUUGCGAGGAGCUGGAGAAGCGCAACAUGAAGCUGUGAUUCUCGGCUGACCGUCUUGAUCCCCCCUUUUUCCUUCUUCCGUACA